GCUUGCAAGACAUCACGGAAGACAGCAGCUAAACCACUGAAGAAACACUCAGCAUCAAGCAUGAAGCUUUCCGUUGGUACCAUCCUCACCACCGUUGCACUUUUGUCCGAGUGCUGCUUCAGAACCGCUGCCAUCCCCAUGACCAAAGCCGAAGACAUGGAGCCAGAUCUGCAAGGUUUGAGCGAGAGCUUGGAGGAGAAUGUUCUGAGAUCCGCGUCAGGCAACUCCAGGAUCAUCGUGGUGGCCGACUCCAAUCUGCUGAGGACCCUAACAUCUCUGAACAGAGGACUCCCUCAUCUCGGUCUCUCCGAGAGCACGGAGCGCAGAGAUGUCGGAACGGACCUGAACCCGAGCUCCGCCAUCAUCAAAAGGGACACCAUGAGGUGCAUGGUGGGAAGAGUGUAUCGGCCAUGCUGGGAGGUGUAGGUCUUCUGGGGCGACGGGAAGAAAGCGACUGGAUUCACCUUCUCUAAUCUAGUGUUGCUUGUAAAGAAAAUGUUUCAUCUGAUGCUGUUUAAUGACGCUGAUGCUAUUAAACGCUGAAAAGAUUAUUCUA